AUGUGCGACGAAGACUCCAGAUACCCUUCGGUUGCAGUCCCGCCAAGUGUCUACAAGGAGCUUGCAUCACCAUACCGCAACGAAGAUGAGAUGGAUGACGAAACCAUUUCCGCACUCAUAAAUGAGUAUCAUCUGAGUCAAGAAGCUGUCCUUCUGAAGCUUGGAGGCUCAGAAGCAAAGCUGGGCCCGAUCCUCGCGCCUCUGCAAUGCAUACUAGACGAAGAAUGCAUACGAAGCCCUACAUUCGCCACAAGAGUUUCCAACUGCAUGAUCAUACCCGUUGCACACCGAAUCAUCUUUGACAAGAAUAAAGAUUACUCAAAAGGCCUCUUCGAUACUACACACCCGAUAGCCUUCGCUACGUACCAGAGGAAGGUCGAUCCGGUUGGACUCUGCGCCCCGCCAGAAGACUCGCACGCCGAAAUUGGUGCGACACGGGCGGACGAGAUAUCAGCAAACAGCUUGAUGCUUGUCAACCACAAGGUCCGUAAAGAAGUCGCAGUCGUCGUCUGGGGUAUGUCUAAAAAGCGCUUCAAUCUACUCUACGUCCUCAAAGACGUCGUCUUAUACUACAAGAGCUACUGCACUCAAAACGAACAAUUAAGUCCUGAGUUCUCUCCCCACGGCUACUCCCUCCUAAGCCAUAUAUCACUCAGUCUCACCAACGACGACUGA